AUGACGUCCACACAGAGGUGGCCAGAGCAGGGUUUGGCAAUCUUACAGCUGUUGUUGGUGGUGUCUUUCUCUCAGGCUGAAGAGCUGCUGUGCAGGCAGAGAGGGGAUCCUGAGAGCCCCCAGCUAUCUAAGGAUGGGGACAUAAUGCUGGGGGGAAUCUUCUCUUUCCACAGCAGGUGGAAACACAGACAAGAUACCUACACAAACAGACCACUGCCACUGCAAUGCAUCAGUUUGAAUUUCAGGGGGAUCCAGUAUGCUCAGGCGAUGCUCUUUGCCAUAGAAGAGAUUAAUAACAGCACCGAUCUACUGCCUGGCAUCUCUCUGGGCUAUAAGAUCUAUGAUGCCUGUGCCUCCAUUUCCAGAAGUGUGAAGGUGGCACUGGUCUUGGCUAAUGGUAAUGAACUGGUAUCUGCACUCUCUGAGGCACCAUGUACCAGACCUGCCCAAGUACAGGCCAUUAUGGGGGAGACCUCUUCCUCUCCUUGCAUGGCUAUAGCCACUGUCAUCGGACCCUUUCAGGUCCCACUGAUCAGCCACUUUGCUACUUGUGCUUGCCUCAGUGAUAAAACCAAGUACCCAUCCUUCCUCAGAACAAUACCCAGUGACUACUACCAGAGCAGAGCCCUGGCCCAGUUGGUCAAGCACUUUGGGUGGACUUGGGUUGGAGCCAUUAGAACAAAUGAUGAUUAUGGCAAUAAUGGCAUGGCCACAUUCACAGAAGCUGCCCAGCAGCUUGGCAUCUGUCUGGAGUACUCUGUGUCUGUCUUUAGAACAGAUCCACCAGACAAAAUAAAAAAGAUAGUUGACAUCAUCAAAGCUUCCACUUCCAAGGUGAUUGUCACUUUCCUCUCCCCCACGGAGUUGUAUGUGAUAAUACAUGAGCUGUUUCUCCACAACUUGACUGGGUAUCAGUGGGUAGGCACUGAGGCCUGGAUCUUUGACUCCCAAACUGCAGCCAUGGAUAGACAUCACAUUCUGGAUGGUGCCAUAGGCCUGUCCAUCCCCAAGGCACAUGUCAGUGGCAUGACGGAGUUCAUUUUGGAUGUGAAGCCGUUCAAUUCAUCUCGUAACAAAUUGUUUACAGAGUUUUGGGAGAAAUUAUUUCACUGCAAGUUCAAGCAGUCAAAGUCAUCAGCAGUGAAUCAGAGUGAAUGUACUGGACAUGAAGAUCUGACUGGAGUCCAAAACAGCUUCACUGAUAUGUCACUCAUGCCUAUCUUUUACAACAUCUAUAAAGGAGUGUAUGCUGUGGCCCAUGCACUUCAUCGUAUUCUCAGCUGUAAUAAAACAUGUAACAAGAUGCAGCUAGAUUCACUCACGAUUUUAAAGCAUAUAAGAAAGAUUCAGUUCAAAACAAAGGAAGGAGAUGAGGUUUACUUCAAUGAGAAUGGAGACCCAGCAGCAAAAUAUGAAAUUAUAAACUGGCAGCCAACAGAAAAUGGCAUUGUGGACUUUGUGACAGUUGGUCUUCAUGAUGCAUCUUUACCUGCAGACAAACAGAUGAAUCUGCAAAAUAAGUCAUUAAUUUGGGCACAAAACUUGCAACAGGUGCCUCUGUCAGUUUGCAGUGAGAAAUGUCCCCCAGGAACUCGCAAGGUUCUGCAGAAAGGAAAGCCAGUCUGCUGCUAUGACUGUUUAAGAUGUGCAGAUGGAGAGAUAAGCAACAUCACAGAUUCCAUCACAUGUGUGAGAUGUGACCCUGAGUUCUGGUCAAAUGAGAGAAGAGAUGCCUGUGUAAAGAAGGAGGCAGAGUUUCUGUCAUAUGAAGAGAUUAUGGGAGCACUGCUCACUGCAGCCACCCUCUCUGGAACAUUUAUGACUGCUGUUGUGGCGUUCAUUUUCUUCAGAUACAGACAGACUCCUAUUGUCAGAGCCAACAACUCUGAGCUGAGCUUCCUGCUGCUCUUCUCCUUGACUCUGUGUUUCCUGUGCUCUCUGACCUUCAUCGGCCGGCCCUCUGAGUGGUCCUGCAUGCUGCGACACACAGCAUUCGGCAUCACCUUUGUCCUCUGCAUCUCUUGUGUUCUGGGGAAAACAAUCGUGGUGUUAAUGGCCUUCAGGGCAACCCUUCCAGGUAGUAAUGUGAUGAAAUGGUUUGGGCCUGCACAGCAGAGACUCAGUGUUCUGGGUUUCACUCUUAUACAAGUUGUCAUAUGUGUCCUCUGGUUGACAAUUUCUCCUUCUUUUCCAUUUAAGAAUUUUGAAACAUUUAAUGACAAAAUCAUCUUGGAGUGUGCUCUGGGCUCAGCUGUAGGCUUUUGGGCUGUACUUGGGUACAUAGGACUUCUGGCCAUGUUAUGCUUCAUUCUUGCUUUUCUGGCGCGGAAACUGCCUGACAAUUUCAAUGAAGCCAAAUUGAUCACCUUUAGCAUGUUGAUAUUCUGCGCAGUAUGGAUCACUUUCAUCCCAGCAUAUGUCAGCUCUCCUGGGAAGUUCAGUGUUGCUGUGGAGAUAUUUGCUAUUCUGGCUUCAAGUUUUGGACUGCUGAUUUGUAUUUUUAUCCCAAAAUGUUAUAUUAUCCUACUGAAACCAGAGAGGAAUACAAAGAAGAAUAUGAUGGGGAAGGAGGCACUAAAAUAA